AUCCGGACGUGCGUCCUGCGGAGCGCGGCGGUUAUCGGCACGCAGCGGAGCGCGCGAACCCGGGGGCCAUUCCCAGCCGAGACUGCGGGCCCGCGGGGCCGCGGGGCCUACCUGGAUGGCGGAGAAGCUCCACGAGUACGAGGGCGUGCUGGGCCGCGUGCACGCGCUGCGGGACCGCGUCCGCGGCGUGCUCGACGACUGGCGCGAGUCCCGGGGCGGGCGGCCGCUCGGCGAGUGGCUGCUGGCCAUCAUCAAGGAGCACCAGCCGCCGAGGGAGGAACACACGCCAGUGGAGCCGCCGCCCGGCAUCCUCGGCGACAACUACGCACACAUCUACAGACGGAAGACCCGCGCCGAGCUGGUGCGUGUGUCCGCCGCCGUGAUGGGCAUCGAGUUCUCGUACGCGGCGGAGACGGCCUUCGUGUCGCCGACGCUGCUCAAGAUCGGCGUGGAGCACAAGCACAUGACGCUGGUGUGGGCGCUGUCGCCGCUCGUCGGCUUCUUCCUCACGCCCGUCCUGGGCUCCCUGUCGGACCGGUGUCGCCUGCCCUUCGGCCGCCGCCGGCCCUUCAUCGUGGUCCUCGCCAUCGGCGUCCUCGUCGGGCUGAUACUCGUCCCCAACGGCGAGGACAUGGGCCACUCCAUGGGGGACUACUACCCGUCCAAGGACCUCCCCGCGGCCAACCGCACGGCGCUCCUGGCCGCCGGGACGCCCGUCAACGACGCACAGUACUCGCAUCCCUGGGGGGUCUUCUUCACCAUCCUGGGCACCGUGCUCCUGGACUUCGACGCCGACGCCUGCCAGAGCCCCGCCCGGGCCUACCUGCUGGACGUCACCGUGGCCGAGGAUCACGCUCGGGGCCUCAGCACCUUCACCGUGAUGGCCGGCCUGGGCGGCUUCCUGGGCUACGCCCUGGGCGGCAUCAACUGGGACGCCACCGCCAUCGGAGAGAUGCUGGGCGGCCACGUGCGCGCCGUGUUCACGCUCAUCACCUUCAUCUUCGUGACGUGCGUGGCCUACACCGUGACGAGCUUCCAGGAAGUGCCUCUCGAUGUCCUGGAACGGGAGCGGCGGCCCAGCAUCGCGGCCUUGAACCAGUGCGCGCCGCUGCUGCAGAGGGGUGACGCCGGCGCGGGGCCGCGCUACGGCAAGAUGGACGAGGAGGGGUCCUCUCGGCCCGACUACCUGCCCGUGUACGGCGGCGACCAGGCCCCGGGCAGCAGAGGGCAGCCGUGGGACCCGGUGAUCAACGGCUCGGCAGCCGGGGUGGCGGAGACGUCCUUCGACGCCGACCUGGAGGCGUCACUACCCCCCGCUGCGGCGCGGGCGGCCCAGCGGCCCGCCGCCCCUGCCGAAGACGGGGAGCCGGCAACGCUGUCGCAGUACUUGAUGUCCAUCGUGUACAUGCCGCACUCGGUGCGCAUGGUGUGUCUCACCAACCUGUUCUGCUGGAGCGCGCACGUGUGCUACUCGCUGUACUUCACGGACUUCGUCGGCGAGGCGGUGUUCGGCGGCGAGCCCCAGGCGCCGGACGGCUCCGAGUCCAAGGAGCUGUACGAGGCGGGCGUGCGCUUCGGCUGCUGGGGCAUGUCCAUGUACUCGCUGUCGUGCGCCUGCUACUCCCUCGUCAUCGAGCGGCUGAUCCGCCGCUUCGGUGCGCGGCGCGUGUACGUCGGCGGCCUGCUCUUCUACUCCGUGGGCAUGUUCCUGAUGGCGCUGACGCAGCACCCGGUCGGCGUCAUCCUGUUCUCGUGGACGGCGGGGGUCAUGUACUCCACGCUGUUCACCAUGCCGUACCUGCUCAUCGCGCACUACCACGCCUGCGGCACGUUCGAGGUGAACGCGGUGGGCGCCGCGGUGGAGUGCACGCAGGUGCGCGGCCUGGGCACGGACGUGGCCAUCGUCAGCUCCAUGGUGUUCCUGGCGCAGUUCGUGCUCUCGGUGUGCAUGGGCACGCUCAUCAGCAUCGUGGGCUCCACCGUGACCGUGGUCGCCGUCGCGUCCUCGCUCGCCUUCUGCGGCGCCAUCGCCGCCACCCGCGUCAUGUACCUCGACCUCUGAGACUCUGCGUGCCUCGCCGCCGCGGGUUCGAUCCCCGGCGACCACGUCCUUUUUGUCUUCGUGCUGAGCCUUCGUGGCGGCUUCGGCCAGAACUUCCGUUUCCUCGAUAUUUACACCCGUUGGUACCGUCUUGGGCCAGUCGAGCCCCAGCCAUGUCGCUUUGAAGUAUGUGUAAACCGCCAGCGCGCAAACCCAACCUCAUUAUCAUAAUCUUUUUAAAAAAGUUAAAAAUGACAACUUGCGAACUAGAGUGUUGUCAGCUAUUUAGUUAGUCUUUAACUGUAGAAUUGUGUAGUUGGACCUGUCUAGUCAACUUUAAAUGCUGUGUUUGAUAAUAAAAAUGAUAGCAGUGAUUUUUGCGCGAGAGUGUUUCUGAACGGCGCAACGUUGGUGCGCCUUUCCAGAAAACAUUCCCACAUAUCACUGCCAUUUCAACAAUGUAAUCUAGGAAUAUCAUACGUGUCUAUAGUGUAGGCCUGUACAUAGUCUGUAUUAUAAUUCGAUGUCUGAAGCGUAGAUACGUUCGACCGUGGAGUUUUUGCAUUUCUUCCUGCUCAUCGGGCUGUCCGAGGGGCAAAAGAAAACAGUAUCUCAGUUGGCUUUCUGUUUUAUUAGCUAUAUACAUUGUUACCAGAGUGAAAUAAAACGAAGAUUUAGUGUUUUA